AUGUAUUUAUUCUAAUACCUAACGAUGAUAAAAUUAUAAAUGAACAGUGUAUUUUGUGGUAUAUAAUUGAUCUUGAAAUAAUUUUAUCUACUAUACAUUUUAAUAAAUUUCUGAACGAUCUAGGUUUUACGUACCUAGUAUUUUUGGAUUUCAUCAGUUUAUAAAUAAUUACCAAAAUUUUCGAUGAUUCAUAAUUAAGCAAUCAAGAAAGGAUACCUCUCGUGGGCAAGGUCAACAUUCAAGAUUCAAGUUUAGCUUUAAUAAUGUUAGGUUAUUAAACACGUUAUUUGUUUACCACUCGUUGUUAAGUGCACAAUUUAUACGUUUGGCUAGUUUUUAUUUUUCAUUCAGUGUCAGUUCAUGAGUCGUGUGUUAAAUUACAGUUGAACUUAAUCAUUAAUUAUUGUACAUACACCAUAGAUAAACUCGUUCAGUAUCACGCAUAAUUCAAAUAAUACGACAAUAAUCACAAUGGAGAUGGAAACUGAACAAGUGGAAUCUGAGUUAAUAAAUGGUGGGAAGAACGGUUGUUGGACCAAAUUUUCAGAAAAACGACUGGCACAAGUAGAAAAAACUAUUUUGAAUGUAUUAAAAACUGCUUAUCGUACUUGGUUCGUACCAAUUGGAAGCCAACUCGGCAAAGAAGACAAAAUAUGGACCAUCGCUUUAAACGAACAAUCCAAAAAGACUCCGCUAGUUAUGCUACAUGGUUUCGCUGCCGGACUGUGCUUCUGGAUUCUUAAUUUUGAUGAAUUGUCAAAGGAUAGGCCAGUAUAUGCGAUAGAUCUAUUAGGAUUUGGAAGAUCAUCACGACCAAAAUUCAGCGGUGAUCCUGAAGAAGCAGAGAAACAAAUGGUAGAUUCCCUAGAGGCAUGGAGAAAACAAAUGAAACUAGAAAAUAUGAUCCUCCUGGGGCAUAGCUUUGGUGGAUACCUGGCAACAAGUUACGCUAUAAACUAUCCCGAUAGGGUAAAACAUUUAAUCUUAGCCGAUCCUUGGGGAUUCACGGAACGUCCAGCAAAGUUAGAGGCGCCAUUUUGGUUUAAACUUAUAAUUUUUGCUGCAUAUCCUUUCACUUGGUUUAAUCCGUUGGCUAGUAUUAGGGCUGCUGGACCGAUAGGUCCAUGGCUUGUUGGUAAAGUAAGGCACGACAUAUCUGACAAAUAUAGCCCAGCAAUUGACAAUACAAAUCUUAUAACAGAAUAUAUUUACCAAUGUAAUUGCCAAAAUCCAUCUGGAGAAUCUGCUUUUAACUCAAUGAAAGAAGGCUUAGCAUGGGCUAAAAAUCCAAUGAUACGCAGGUAUCAUUCAUUAAGCAAAGACGUGCCGCUUACAGUUAUUUAUGGUGAAAAGUCUUGGGUAAGGAAGAUUCCAGAAGAUGAUUUGAAAAAUCAAAGACCUGAAUCGUAUGUCAAAGCAGAGAUUUUACCUAAUGCUGGACAUCACAUCAAUGCAGAUCAAUCAGUAUUGUUUAACAAACUCGUCUGUAAAGUAUGUAAGCAAUGUGAUAAUUCUGAUACGUUUAGUUCCGAAGAAAAAGAAGAUAACAAAAAUUGUGAUAAUGAAAACGAAUGGGAUAAGAAAAUAGAGGGACUAGUAGAAGACGACGAUUUCAGUGGUAUGCAAAUAAUAAACACGAGACUGUAAAUGGAAACCUUAGAUAAAAUAUACGAAUCUUCUGCCUAAAAGUAUUUUAUGAUGUCUGUAAAUGUUUAAAAAUGCUUUAUUCGUCUUACAUGUGUCGUAAGGUUACUAGUCCAAGCUGUGGGUGAAAAGUAGGUCGAUUUCAGGAUAUAAUUCAGGAAUUUUUGAAACCUAUAAGGUGUUGUAAAGGACGAUGCCAGGAAUAUCUUCUACUAAAAUGUAACCAAAAAUUGUGUGCACUUUUUUAUUUAUGACGUUUUUCACUUGUUAAAUUUGAAAUUUUUAAAGAUUUUUAAUUUUGCAGCUUAGGAUCAGAGCUGGGCAAUACCCGGGUACAAGUACCCGAAUUUUGUACCCUGAGUACAUUUUGGGUACCCGGUACCCGAGUACAUUUUCAAUAAAGUACUCGGUACUCGUACCCGUAGCAUAUGGGUAAAAUAUCCGGUUCCCGCGUUUAUUAUACGAGUACAUUUUCCGAGUACUUUUUGCAAGUAUAAACUUGUCGCUGCAUGUGGGAGAGCAAAUUAAUAGCAACACGCAAAAACGCCGUUUUCAGUAUCAGUCCAUUCGCAAAGUCAAGCAAACGCCUAUUCUCUUAUGCCAUAAUAAUUACUAAUAGCCCUUCAAGAAAUGCUCUGAAGAACUGAUGAAACUUUGAAAAAUUAGUUAUCUUAAAAGCCAAUAAAAUUAAUCAGUGAGUGUGAGUGGUGUUAUACUGAUUACAGUAAAACCUGUGUUACCGGCCACCUGCAAAAAUCGGCCACCUUUACGUACGGCCUGUUUCAAAAUUCCGCAAACCAAUUAUAUGUAAUACAAUAUACUAUAUUCGCUUAUUUAUGACCUACUAUUUACGGCCACCUUUAUAAUACGGCCAAAUAAUCACAUAUUUUUAAAGCCCAUUUUAUAGAAAUUGAAUGUGAAUGUUAGCCAAAAUAAUUUUGUUAAAAUAAUUUUGUAUAUUUGUUGAUGGAAAUUCCCAGUAUUAUUUAUUAGGACCUAUUGUAUCUACCUAAACAGGAGAGUAACCUUCAUCUGGUCGGUGGUCACAAUAGGUUCUUAAAAUCCUAGAAUAAAAUGUCGUAAAAGUGUUGUAAAAGAGAAACGUUUGUCACUAUUUAUAAGUAUGAUUACAAUUCACAACAGUUGGCCGAAAAAUAUGGUAUAAAAACUCAAAUUAUCAAAGGAUAUAAAAAAUAAAAGUGGGUUGAAAAGUUCUUUAAAAAAGCUUAACAUCAAUAUGUUUUUCCCGUAGUAUAGUUUUGUUUUAUAUUAGGAUAUUAAAGUAGUUUUAGUAGUUUCCGACGUUUCCGUUUAUGUACAGAAUUAUAUUUGCUUUUAUUAACAAAAUAAACAAAGUUCCAAUUAUCUUUUAUGUAUUUGUGGACUACAAAAACUGGAAAUACCGGCCACCUUUCUAUAUCGGCCAAUAUAGUUCCUUCAUUUUUAGUGGACGUUACUGACAGGUUUUAUUGUAUUAAUCAAUGAUCAAUUUUUAAAAUUCUUUUUUUUUAAGUUGGAGUUGUACCUACGUUAUUUUAUGUUUUUAUGACUCAUAAAUAAAUAUGUUUAGAGAGGCAGAGAUAAUUAUCAGAGGUACCUUCUUACCUUUUUUCGGGUUCUAUAUUCAAAUGUACUCGAAAUAAGUACCCGAGAAAUUCGGGUAAUUGUACUUUGAGUAUUGUACUCUUGAGUACUUUUUUUGAGCAAUGUACUCGGUACUCUGUACUCGUUCCUCAAAUAUGAAAAGUAUCCGAGUACAAUUUAUCAGUACCCGGCCCAGCUCUGCUUAGGAUAUUCAUUUUAGAGAAAAACUUUUAAAUGGAAAAUUGUAGUAAAUUAAGAAACCUACAUGGUUUCCUUAAGAAACCUAAAAUUUAAGCUAUGGUAAGUUGAAUUUCGAUAAUACGUUAUUGCAAAACAGCCUGCGAAAGGUCCAAAAUGGCCGUUUUUGCAAUAAUUGCAUUAUUUGUUGUAAAAAUAACUUUUAUUUAUUUUUUAAGGCUUUAAAAUGAACAUUAUUCAAUACAAAACAUAAAAAAAAUUUGUAGAGCCCGAUUGGUUACAUUUUAGUAGAAGUUAUUCCUGCCAUCGUCCUUUACAAUACCUGAUAGGUUUCAAAAAUUCCUGAAUUAUAUCACGUUUUUUCACCCACAGCCUGGGGUAUACUUACCUAGGCUUCUAAAUGAUGUUUUUCCAAUACCCGUCCACAUUGAUGGCUAGUUCAAUCGCUAUGGCUAUGAUCGCGCAGCAUUCUUCCAAAUUCAAACAGUUUAGUAGGUGGUGUUGUCUUGUACCUCUCUAAAGGCACUGUGAUCCUCUGUGUAACCCCAUUUUUUUACAUUAUCUCGGGCCUGUUUCAUAAAUCUAGAUCUACCUGAAUACUGCAAAUUCUUCUUCUUCUUCUUAUUCUUCUUCUUCUUGUUCUUCCUAAGGUACCGUGCAUUUCUGCAUAGGCGUCUAACGUACAUUGUCUUGUCAGGUGAGAUGUUAGAUAUUCAGGAUUAAAUUAUUGUGUUUUUAGCAUCAUUGAUGCCAACAUCUUUUGAUGCCGUAGACCGCUCUUUCCUUCAAGUACCAGUUGCUGAAAAGUGUAUCGUUCUCCUCGUAAUAUGUUCUCUAAGUAUGCAGUCUUCUUACUUUUUAUAUAAUAAAAAAGUUCCCUAUUCUGGGGGCCCGCUCUUCUUAAUACUUCCUCAUUUCUGACUCUGUCCGUCCAUGCUAUUCUAAGCAUUCGGCGUGGGCACCACAUUUCAAAGACUUUAAGUUUGUUAAUGGAUCUGGCCUUAAACGUCCAUGCUUCCAAUCUGUACAAGAGAACAGGCCAAGCGUACCACUUUAGCAUCUCCUAUCUCAGGUUGAAAUCCUACUUGCGAUUAGUCAGAAAUUUACGACGCCUCAAAAAAGCAUUUCUGUCUUGUUCUACUCUGCUCUUUAUUUCUCAGCUUUUUAAGUCUCAGCAUCCUAACAUUCGUUCAGCACACAACCCAAGUAUUUAAACUGCCUUAUAAACGAUUGCUUCUUCAGCGACAUACAGCGUUGUGUUUGAAUAAUUAUUGCUACCUCUAAUAAUUGUUCUUGUCUUCUUGUAAAGCUUCACUUGCACUAGUGAGGUUAUUUAAAAGGCAUUGAAAAUCUUCGAUAUUAUCUGUUAUCGCGUGUUUACUAUGAAGUUUUCUUAGGACCUUACCCCCCUCCCCCUGAAUUUUACCGUUGUGUGGUGUUCGAUGUGAUUCGAUGUUACCUUGCUGACGUCAUUGAUGUUUUUCAAGACUUAUCAGGUAUGACGACUAUGUUUUGACAUAUCUAUCUAAUUCUCCCAGUGAUAAGGUUUAUACUGUAGUAUAAAAAAACGUAAAAUUUUGUACAAAAUUCGUAUGUCACAAUAGGUCAUUUGGUUCCUUUAUCUUCAGUUGAAAAUAUUUUUUGGUACAAUGUAACAAAAGUUCAUACUUUUGGACUAAGUACUCUUUAUAUAGGUACUUAUAAAAUACAUUGAUUUGUUAGAUUUUUGUUCUUUCGACUGCGUUGGUUAAGAAACGCGAAAAGAAUAUAGUAAUUUUUUUUUGUUCUUCUAAUGACCGUGUUUUUCUUCUUAUGUUGGUACCUAACCUUAAGACAAAUUAUUUAAAAUUUAAAAAAUUAAAUAAAAUCAUCGAGAUUUAAAUACAUUCUAAUUAAGGCUUAAAAGUCUGUGCCUGUACCAACCAACCAUUUAAGUUUUUUAUCGGACCCCAGCUUGGGUUUUUCUUGAAGGCCGUUUAAUAGUCCUGUCGCCAGUGGGGGUACAACGGCCUCCUUAAUUCAGAUGGACUUACCCAAGUUUUUUUAUGUAUAUUGACCCGUAGAACACGAAUUUUUUGGGUAACAGUCGAUCCGGAUGUCGAUAAGAUUGUUAUAAACAAAGAACUUGAGGAAUCACAUAACAGCGAUUUUUCGCCAAAUAAAACAUGUUUUUGUAUUUUUUGGGUCAUUCUAAGCAAAAAAUGUUUUUACAAGUUUUUUCGUAGCAUGCAUAGUUUUCGACAUAAACGCGGUUGAACUUUCAAAAAAUCGAAAAAUUGCAAUUUUUGAACCCGAAUAACUUUUGAUUGAAAAAUAAAAUAGCAAUUCUGCUUACCGCAUUUGAAAGUUCAAGUCAAAUUCUAUCGGUUUUGAUUACUUUCAUUGCUAAAAAUUAAUUUUUUUAUUGUUAAACAAAGCUAUAAACACAUAGUGAUUGAAUGAUGUUUUCAAUGCAUUUCCCAUUUGAAAUCGAACGAGUAGGCGCGCAUACACACAAUUUCUACGUAGAUUACGUACAUUAAAACGCAUGCAUUGGGCACGGGAAACACUAUGUGUUUAUAGCUUUGUUUAACAAAUAAAAACUUAAUUUUUAGCAAUGCAAAUAAUCAAAACCGAUAUAAUUUGACUUGAACUUUCAAAUGCAGUAAGCAGAAUUGCUAUUUUAUUUUUUAAUCAAAAGUUAUUCGGGUUCAAAAAUUGCACUUUUUCGAUUUUUUGAAAGUUCAACCGCGUUUAUCUCUAAAACUAUGCAUCCUACGAAAAAACUUGUAAAACCAUUUUUUGCCGAGAAUCACCCAGAAAAUACAAAAAAAUGUUUUGUUUUGCGAAAAAUCGCUGUUAUUAAGUUCUUUGUUUAUAACAAACUUAUCGACAUCCGGAUCAACUGUUACCCAAAAAAUUCGUGUUCUACGGGUCAAUAUACAUAAAAAAAACUUGGGUAAGUCCAUCUGAAUUAAAGAGGCCGUUGUACCCCCCUGGCGACAGGACUAUAAGAACUACAAUAUAAAAAUUACUGUGCCUCAACAAAAACAUCUUUUGAGUCCUUUGGCUGCCUGGAUUAAGACAAGAGAAAUUAUUAAAUGAAAAUUUCUCUGUCUUUUCUUCUUCAGUGACCACUUUUUUAUAAAUUUCUUCAUUUGGUAAUUUUGCGCAAUAAAUACCGGUUUGCUUACUUACUUCUUACUUCUCUAAAUCUUGGCUUAUAAAAAUGUUAAGUUUCUAUGGAUUGAUAUGUCGAUUAGUUUUCAUUCGUUAAGAAGUUUCUAGUUAAUAUUCUGCAGUGUUGUCAGGAAGGUUGCAAAUCUUUGAAUAUUUAUCUUGGGUAUUUUUGUGCGUUUUUUGUGUGUUGUUGUUUGAUCUUGUAUUACCUAUGUAAUGAAACAUGCAUACUUUUGGCACUUUAAGUUUUUGUUAAGCAAAUCUAAGUGUCCCUGCAGGCGGGGAUUGUAGUCACCGCCAGUCCCCCUACUUUCAUCAUGUGUAGGGGGAUUUUAUAUUUCAAUGUUUUUCCACAUUUCCACUCAAAUCCGUUCAGUAUAAUUACGUCCACUAAAGUAAAACUAGCUAAGAAUUUAGGGGACCCCACUUCUGGCUGCCAGUACCAGCCGGCACUACCGUCUCCAUCUACAGGGCACAUAAAGAAAUAAAUGAAACUGAAAAUUUAAAAAUAAUAAAAAAUAUGUUAAACUUAAUUUGUUAUAGAGAAUUAUCUAGGAAAAUUCUAAUUGAGGCUGCGAAAGCUGGUCUUUUGUACAAACGUAAUAGCCUUCUUUCGUUAGAAUGUUCCUUAAAGGCCAUUAAAAAUUAAGUAGUAUAAUGUAUAUAUAGCUUUAUUUUUUAUAUAAAAUAUUAUUUUUAAAAUAUAUAUUUAUAAUUUAAUUUAAAUGUGAUAGUUCCCGUGUGAUACAUUAGGAUAAAACAAUAGGGCUUUUCAUUCACAGUCGCAUUUGUUUCAAGCUUCUGUCAUGUGUCACGUAAUAUGAAUAUAUCUACGUCAUACGUUAUUUGUAUACGCUCUGAGCUUCGCUGGUGUCGCUCCUAGCGGUUACUAAUUCAACUUUUACCGGUAAUUUUUAAAUUUAUUAUUUAAUUGUUAUCGCUUAUUAUUUACAACGCAAAAAAGUAAUUAAAUUGUAAUCGAUUUUUUUAAGAUUUUUCUAAUCAUUUUGACGUUCUAUUGAUAAAAUAUCAAUUUCUUACUUCGGAUACUUUGACAAUAAUCGUGUAGAUGGCGCUAAGAUUAUAAUAGAUUAUUUAUAAUUAGAUAUUAGGGAACAUUAAAAAAACUUAAAUUCAGUAUUUAAAACGUAAGUAUAUUUAAGGUAAAAAUAUAUACCACAGCUUUGACCAACUAAUAUUGUUUAUAAUUAAUGUUUUUAAUUUUAAUUUUAAAUUAAUCACUUUGACAUUUAUGUCAAAUUUCCAGUAAACGUUUACAAACUUGUCACUACUGGCGUUCGCGAAUUUGUAAAUAUCCCCUCUACGUACGAGCUCACAGCGUAUACAUCAAUGAUACACACCAAAGACGUAUGACGUAGAUAUAUCAAUAUUAUGUGACACAUGACAGAGGUCGAAACAAAUGACAAUCGAUGAAAAGCCCUAUUGCCUGGAUAAACUUAUUUUUAUUAUUGGUCCACGUUUUAACUCUUUCGUAUAAAAAGUAUCAAAAUUAAAACUACGUUGCACAUCUUAAAUAAACAUUAAAAUAAUA